AUGGGUGCAAAUGAUGAAGGUUGUAAAAGUCUCUAUGUUGGUAAUCUCGAUCCAAGAGUAACGGACAGCAUGCUUCAUGAGAUCUUUCGUGUAGCCGGAUCUGUUAAUAAUACGAAAAUUAUUCCUGAUAAAAAUUAUCAACAUGGUGGUUUAAAUUACGGUUUUGUUGAAUUUAACGAUCAUCGUUCAGCAGAGCAAGCACUACAAACUCUUAAUGGCAGAAAAAUAUACCAUAUGGAAAUUAAAGUUAAUUGGGCUUUUCAAGGUCAACAGGGCCAUAAAGAAGAUACAUCUAAUCAUUACCAUAUUUUCGUUGGUGAUUUAAGUCCCGAGGUUAAUGAUGAAGUACUAGCCAAAGCAUUUAAUGCGUUUGGAAGCAUGUCCCGUGCUAUUCGUUGUAAUUGGGCCAAUCAAAAAGGUCAACCUGGUCCUGGAACCGUAACAACAGAACGACAAGGCUCAAACACACAAACACCACAAUUAUCUUAUGACAUUGUUGUAACACAGACUCCUCCAUACAAUAGUACAGUGUAUGUAGGAAACUUGCCUCCUUAUACCACACAGGAGCAUAUUAUACCAUAUUUUCAACCUUAUGGUUACAUCAUUGAAGUUCGCAUGCAAGUAGAACGUGGGUUUGCUUUUGUAAAACUAGAUACUCAUGAAAAUGCUGCCAAUGCGAUUGUGAAUUUACAAAAUACCGUUAUUAACGGACGAACUAUUAAAUGUUCUUGGGGAAAAGAUAGAGCACCAGAUCAAACCACGACAGCUUAUCAUACUUAUGGAGUUCCAAGUACUUAUAAUAUUAGUCCAUAUGGUUAUUAUAAUCAUACCACUCAUCCUUAUGCUACUCCAGGUACUGAAAGUGGAUAUGAUCUUCCACCUGGUAUGUCAGCCCCGCCACCAUCUAUAGCAUCGCUCGACGGAGCUGCAGCAGCAGCAGUAGUUGCUGGCCAACAACAACAUCCUACAGCUGGUUGGGAAAAUUAUUAUAAUAAUGCUGGUUAUGAUUACGGACAACAAUUUUAUCCUUAUGGUGGUGGUUACAACGCAGCAAACAAUGCUUCUGGUGCAGGUGCUCCGGGUGCUCCAGGAAUUGGUACUCCUAAUUCACACGCUUCUAUUGGCGGCGGUCAUCCACCUUCUGUAGGUAGUCAUGAAUUGAUAAAAAAUUUUGGCAAAAGUAAGGAUAUUCUUGAUGCUUGA